GGACAGUAGAGCACAGAAUCACAACAGGACGAUCAGUGGACAGGAGAGUAUCGCAGAUAGAGUAUCUUAAUCUGAAGAGUCCAGUUUGUCUAGGUGUAGUACAUUUCCCAUCGUGACCUGAGAUUGACAACCAGCGAAUCGUCAAGAAGCAGAUGUGAGAUGAACGCACUGUGGCUGCCACUUCUCCUAAGCUCAGUCAUAUGGGCAGAGGAGGAUUAUUUUCAUAUUUCCCCCAAUGCCACAUGGGACAGCUACACUUUCCCUGACCGAAAUGCCACAUGGGAUGAGGCCAGGGACCACUGCCAGAAAUGUUUCAAAGAACUGACGACCAUCACCAGUGGAAACGUCCACCUCAUUGUGCGGAAGAACGCCUCUUUGAACUACUGGACCGGGCUCCGCAGGAGUUACAAUGGCACCGUCUCAUGGUCCAAAUGGUCCAAUGAGGAUCCCGUUACAUAUCAGAAUUGGUACCCUGGUCAUCCUGUGCCAAAUAAAGUAAAGGAAAAGAUGACUGUAUGUUUCUCAACUACAGAAACUCCACUGAGCACCUUAAUAACUACUACAACGUCAACCCCAGUGACCUCAACACAAACCUCUACAGUAACUACUCCAGUAACCUCUCCUUCUAACAAAACAGAUGGAACGUGUCCUAUACUGACUGAGAUCCUUGAAUGCUUAAAUAUGGUAUGUAAUAUGACAUAUAAUGAACUUAAAGAUGCAGUGCAUAAGUACACGUAUGCGAUACCCCAGGCUGUCACCCCUAACACCACAACAUAUAGCACCACCCCUCAUGCCACCACAUUUAGCACAGCCUUUAAUACCACAACAAAUGGCUCCACGACUGAGAGCACCACAGCCAGCAACUGCAUCCUCGUGGACAAGCCGGAUUCUGAAGUGUACAUCGAUGAUGCUUGCGUGGUCCUGUUCAGCUAUGGCAUGUGGAAAGAAGUAAAAUGCACUGAAAGUCAUCCCUUUAUCUGUUAUGAUGAACGUUUUUAUGGGCAAAUAAACAUUUCCAAUGUGACCAAGAACACAGGUUAUCUGAGCUGGAGUGAGGCUCCUGGAAACAUCACUCACUACAGAGUGAAAAUCACUGGGAAACAGGCAAACAAGACAUUUAACAAUGAAAAGACUAAACUGUAUACAGAAAUACAAGAUCUGGUCCCGGGAAAUCUGUACAGUGUUCAGGUGUUUCCUGUGAAAUGUGGCAGGGAUCUCAAUCCGCAGAAUAUAUCCUUCUACACUGUGCCAUCUGCUGUUGAAAAUCUGACAGUAGUGAGCGUGACGACUGAAAGCAUCUUACUCAACUGGAGUAAACCAGUAGGAGACAGUGACUUCUAUUCAGUAGAGUACAGGAAGCAGAAUGAAAUCCCAGUACUCAAAAAAGCAAAUGCAAGGACAGCAACGAGUGCAAUGUUACAGGUCUUUCUCCAGGAUUUGAGUAUAAUUUCACAGUUAAAGCUAUAGUGAAUGACAAUAUUGAAGGAGUGUCAAGCAGCGUUUCUGAUUACACCAAGCCUUCAAAGGUUGUAAACCUAACAUCAGCAAAUGAUAACAACACAUUCAUUAACAGCC